UGCUUUUGGUGCUCAGAGAGAGAGAGAUGGGUCUUUGCAUGAACCCAUGCGAAAGCUUUUCAGCUAGGUUGGUUUCAUCGCCGUCGUCUUGUGUUGCUUCGUCUUCCAAAUCAUGCUCACUGAAAUCCACGGGUGUGCCCUUUCUGGUGUACUUCAAGAAGGCAGGGAAGAAAAGUAAUGCCGCAUCUUUGAAGCUACACCAUGGGCGACCGCUCGCUUGUUCUACCAAGUCUUGCGUGCGUUGCGAGCAUGGCUCCAAUGCGGCCACCCAAGGCUUGGGUAAUGGCCCGUUUGGUGGGACGCCGUUGGGGAAGAGAGCAGACAUUAAGAAGAUUUUGAUUCUGGGUGCAGGGCCUAUUGUUAUCGGCCAAGCCUGUGAAUUCGAUUACUCGGGCACGCAGGCAUGCAAGGCUCUCAAAGAAGAGGGAUACGAAGUGGUUCUGAUUAACUCGAAUCCUGCAACCAUUAUGACCGAUCCCGAUUUGGCUGACAGGACCUACAUCACCCCGAUGACACCCGAGCUCGUCGAACAGGUCCUUGAGAAGGAAAGGCCUGACGCUCUCUUGCCCACCAUGGGUGGUCAGACAGCUCUUAACCUUGCCGUUGCGUUGGCCGAAAGUGGCGCUCUCAAUAGGUACGGUGUGGAGCUGAUUGGAGCGAAACUGGAUGCGAUCAAGAAAGCAGAAGACAGAGAAUUGUUUAAGCAAGCGAUGAAGAACAUUGGAAUCAAAACGCCGCCUUCUGGGAUUGGUACCACUCUAGAUGAGUGUAUUGAGAUUGCCAAUUCCAUCGGCGAGUUUCCUCUGAUCAUACGGCCUGCAUUUACAUUGGGUGGCACCGGAGGUGGAAUUGCUUACAACAAGGAGGAGUUCGAAUCGAUAUGCAAAUCUGGCCUCACGGCUAGUUUGACAACCCAGGUUCUGGUGGAGAAGUCUUUGUUGGGGUGGAAGGAGUAUGAGCUCGAGGUUAUGAGAGACUUGGCUGACAAUGUGGUUAUUAUUUGUUCCAUUGAAAACAUUGAUCCAAUGGGUGUUCAUACUGGGGACUCGAUCACAGUGGCCCCUGCUCAGACUCUGACAGAUAAAGAGUACCAGUGCCUUAGGGAUUACUCGAUUGCGAUCAUAAGGGAGAUUGGAGUUGAGUGUGGGGGUUCAAAUGUACAAUUUGCCGUAAAUCCUAAUGAUGGGGAGGUAAUGGUGAUUGAGAUGAAUCCUAGAGUGUCAAGGUCAUCCGCUUUGGCAUCCAAAGCUACUGGCUUCCCAAUAGCCAAAAUGGCAGCAAAGUUAUCUGUUGGAUACACGUUGGAUCAGAUUCCAAAUGACAUCACGAAGAAAACACCAGCUAGUUUUGAGCCUUCUAUUGAUUAUGUGGUGACAAAGAUACCUCGGUUUGCAUUCGAGAAGUUCCCAGGUUCUCAGCCAAUACUGACAACCCAAAUGAAGUCUGUUGGUGAAUCCAUGGCAUUGGGACGCACAUUCCAAGAAUCCUUCCAAAAAGCAGUUAGAUCGCUGGAGUUGGGCUACUCUGGUUGGGGUUGUGCAUGGGUCAAGGAACUGGACUGGGACUGGGACCAAUUGAAGUACAGCCUCCGAGUCCCAAACCCAGAUCGAAUUCAUGCAAUUUAUGCGGCAAUGAAGAAAGGGAUGAAGGUUGAUGAGAUUCAGAAGCUCAGCUAUGUGGACAAGUGGUUUCUUACUCAGCUAAAAGAGCUGGUAGAUGUGGAGCAAUUCAUUUCAGCCCGGAACUUGUCUCAACUGACAAAGGAUGACUUGUACGAAGUGAAGAGGAGAGGCUUCAGUGAUAAGCAGAUUGCUUUUGCUACUAAAUCCACCGAAAAAGAAGUCCGUUCAAAGCGGAUUUCACUUGGGGUUACUCCAGCAUAUAAGCGGGUAGAUACCUGUGCCGCUGAAUUUGAGGCCAACACUCCAUACAUGUACUCAUCCUAUGAUUAUGAGUGUGAAUCGAGUCCCACUACAAGGAAGAAAGUGUUGAUUUUGGGUGGAGGACCAAACCGAAUAGGCCAAGGUAUCGAGUUUGACUACUGCUGCUGCCAUACUUCCUUCGCCCUUCAGGAAGCUGGAUAUGAGACGAUCAUGAUGAAUUCAAAUCCUGAAACAGUGUCAACAGAUUAUGACACAAGUGAUCGCCUCUACUUUGAGCCACUAACUGUUGAGGAUGUUCUGAACAUCAUUGAUUUGGAACGUCCUGAUGGUAUCAUCGUGCAGUUUGGAGGCCAAACACCCCUUAAGCUGGCGCUGCCUAUUCAGCACUACUUGGAUGAGCACAAGCCCUUGGCUGCCAGUGGGGAUGGACAGGUUCGUAUAUGGGGGACAUCACCUGAUUCCAUUGAUGCAGCCGAGGACAGAGAGAGGUUCAAUGCGAUCCUGAAGGAGCUGGAGAUCGAGCAGCCCAAAGGUGGGAUUGCCAAGAGUGAAGCUGAUGCUCUGGCCAUAGCCUCGGAAAUAGGCUACCCUGUUGUUGUGAGGCCAUCAUAUGUGUUAGGUGGGCGGGCAAUGGAGAUUGUGUAUAGUGAUGACAAGCUUGUGACCUACCUUGAGAAUGCUGUUGAGGUGGAUCCUGAGCGUCCUGUCCUGAUUGACAGGUACCUGUCGGAUGCUAUUGAGAUUGAUGUUGACUCGCUCACUGACUCAUAUGGCAACGUGGUGAUUGGUGGAAUCAUGGAGCACAUAGAACAGGCUGGUGUGCAUUCGGGUGACUCAGCCUGCUUGCUUCCUACAAAGACAAUCCCGUCUUCUUGCUUGGAUACAAUAAGGUUGUGGACAACAAAACUGGCAAAGAGGCUGAAUGUGUGUGGACUCAUGAACUGCCAAUAUGCAAUCUCACUGUCUUGGGAGGUUUUUCUGCUCGAGGCAAAUCCCCGUGCUUCCCGCACAGUUCCAUUUGUGUCCAAGGCAAUUGGGCACCCAUUGGCCAAGUAUGCUUCCCUCGUCAUGUCAGGGAAGUCACUCCACGAACUUAGGUUCACAGAGGAGGUGAUCCCAGGCCAUGUUUCAGUCAAGGAAGCUGUGCUUCCAUUCGAGAAGUUCCAAGGCUGUGACGUGCUGCUUGGCCCAGAGAUGCGUAGCACUGGUGAGGUCAUGGGCAUUGACUUUGAUUUUUCGGUUGCAUUUGCCAAGGCCCAGAUUGCUGCAGGGCAGAAGUUACCAGUCAAGGGCACAGUGUUCCUCAGUCUAAAUGAUUUGACAAAGCCACACCUUGCCAUGCUGGCCCGUGCCUUCUUGGGGCUCGGGUUUAGGAUUGUCUCAACGUCUGGGACGGCUCAUGUGCUUGAAUUGGAGGGUAUCCCUGUGGAGCGGGUGCUGAAGAUGCAUGAGGGGCGACCCCAUGCUGGUGAUAUGAUUGCAAAUGGAGAUAUACAAUUGAUGGUGAUCACGAGUUCAAGUGAUGCACUUGAUCAGAUUGAUGGUCGGCAGUUGAGGAGGAUGGCUCUUGCAUAUAAGCUUCCAAUCAUUACUACAGUAGCAGGAGCUUUGGCAAGUGUGGAGGCGAUAAGGAGUAUGAAGCACAGCACUAUUAAGAUGAUUGCACUCCAGGAUUUCUUUGACAUUCAGCCAAAGCCAGAGAGUAACCUCAACUUGCAGCCUGCUGCUUCCUCUCUUUGAUUGUGCUUUUUCAUUGUCUCUAGCAUUUUUGGCAUCUUUUUUACUUUUUGUUGUUUUUUAAAUUUGUCCUGUUAAUGUUCUUAUCUGGACAAAGUGAAUGAACUAUUUUAUUUAUUCUGUUUUCUACUGU